UCACUCACAACAGCACCCUUGUUUUCCAUAGGGAACUGUGUUCAAAAAUAUAUAAGUACAAUGAAAGUUAUCGCGUUUGUGUUCUUAAGUUGUGCGCUGUUAGAGGCUUACGCGUAUCCAUACUACCCGUAUUAUGGAAACGUCGACUCACUAUCGUACGGUGCAUCGGACAACAGCCGUGGCGGCAUGGUGCUGAGCCGGUACUACAACCCGUACUACAACCCACGCGUGGGCGGCGGGAUGGCGGCCUUCAUGUUCAAGCCGCCAGAGGACGCCCAGCCCAGCCAGUACUACCUCCCCGACAGGCGCCGCCAGACACAGGAGCCCAACUUCGUCCUCCCACAAGAAAACGAAGUCUACUACCCUCAAAACCAGAUACCAGAGAAACCCGCCACGGAACCGACGGAAAUCGCCGACCCCACGGAGAAGACCGAAGUCUUCUCCACCACAGUGAAAGCUGUAGUGCCAGAAUUGACUGAACCUGAAGUCGAGGAAGUAGAAGAACAGAAGCCAAGAAAGGUAUCAAAGAAGAAGCAAGCGAAACGGCCUGUUGAUGACGAGGAAGACGAGGAGCAGCCUAAGAUGCCAACUGGGGCGUUCUUCCCGAUGUUCUUCGGGUGGGGCAGGAACGGGGGAGGCGCCCCCGGUGGAGCCACCGCCAUCGCCAACGCCUACAGCACCGGCCGAGGAGGAGUCGCCACCAGCCACGCCACCGCUUACGGAAUGCCCACACCCGAUAUCAAGGACUACAAAACAUAUCAACAACAAAAACAAAGACAAUAAAAAGUAAAUAAACCUGUAAAAGAAAAACUUUUCGACCAGUUUAAUUAACGGAAAAAAACAGUCAUGAUUUAACAAUACAGAUCGUCUAAACAUAAACUGCUCAAAAAGUUUUAAUGUAUGUUAGGUGUAAAUUUUGUACUAUUGUGUAGUAAUAAAAUAAAUAAAGCCUAAACUGUU